AAGAGUUUUGGUAAGGAAACCAAGCAAGUCAUAGUUUUACUUCACUUCACAGCAACGUGUGAGAGAGAGAGAGAGACAAAUCUCGUAAUUAAGAUAGAGCUAUGUUAUUGAUUCCAUAGUUAAGUUGUUGAAAAGAGAGAUAUGAACCUCCUACUCCAACCAUAUCAGAAGAAGGUAUGAAGCAAUUGUUGAUUUUUGAAGUUGAAGAAAAAAUUUCAAGUGGAUGAUAAUUGCAGAGGUUUUCUGAAGAAUAUUGCUUUUGUCAUCCGCAGGUAACUGUUUGUCCUUGUCAUUGAUCUCAGCUAAUUUACAGAGUGGUUGAUGUGUGUUUGGAUCAAUUCCUUUUUGUCUAAGCUUCUUGUUCAAACUUGAAUUCCAUAAAUUUUUUAUCUCAUUAUCUGUGAAAGAAGGGAUAGGAAGGGCAAAUUUUCCAGAUUCCACUAUUUGCCACGUUUAACCGUGGCUAAAUUUUUCCGGAACACUUUUUCAACUGUUCCGGUUUACACUUGUUACGGGAAAACUUAGGGGAAAAUAUUCCUAAAAUGUUCCAUUUAGCCACGGUUUAACCGUUGCUAAAUGUUCAAAACUCAUUUUUUAAAAUUUUCUUGAAAGGGUAAAAUGAGAAUAUUGGUUUGUUUGUAGGGGUAGAGAGAUAAAUGUUGGGGUAGGAAAAAAAAAUCUGGUUCGGGUUUUGGCUAAACUCAAUCCAAUCCGGCCCAUGUACACCCCAUCCCUACUUCAGACUUUAGUAGGAUUUACAAGUCGUGUUAUAUUCGGUCUGAUAAGCCGAUUAUUGAAUUCACUUACAUAACCGUGUAUCAUCUUCUCAUUUUUGAAAAUUUCUCUUCCCACCCCAUGUUUCUUUUCUACCUCAUUUUUCCAUUUUUGUCCUUGAAUAAAUAUUUCGGAACGCGUUUUUUGAAUUUUCGUUUACUUAGAAAAAAAUAAUUUGGCAUAUGUUUUCCGAUUUUUUCCCGAAUUUAAACUAGAAAAAUUAUUUUGUCAAAAAAAAACUAGAAAAAUUAUGAAAAACACAUUCCAAAUUUCUAUUUUAAAUUUGGCGAAACAGCCUGGUUUGAAUUUCGCUUACACAGCUAAACAAACCCCGCCAAAUUACCAUUAUACCCAUAACAGUUGAAUCCUAAUCCACUCUCUAAUUCUUAACUGCAACAAGGACAUAACCGCAAUUUUAUCGUCUCCAUCACAUCAAUACCAUCACCGUUACCGUAGCAAAACCACCACCGGAAAACCAAAUCAUUCAUUCCCCUCCAUUUCCCUCUCUCUCAAAAACCAGAUCCAAACAAACCCUAACCCUAAUCAAUAAUCCCAAAUUCAAUCUCACAAUUUCACAAUUCGAUUCGAAAAUUGUAAAUCGACAUGGGCGAUUUCAACCUCGCCCUCGUGAUCGUAGCAAUAGUGGUGGUUGCGAUCGUUUUUCUCGUCAAUGUAUACCUUCUCGUGAACUAUCAGCAUCCCGAUGAUGUUAACCAGGCUUACUUUCCUAAAUUUGUUGUUGUUUUCGGGCUUUCGGUUGCCGCAAUCUCUAUACUCAUGCUUCCGGCCGAUGUGGCGAAUCGGCAAGCUUGCCGGCAUGCUAUUUAUAACGGAGCGUGUAAUCUCACGCUCCCGAUGAAAGACCUAUGGCUCGCUGUUUAUGUAAUCGACGCUAUCCUUGUAUUCUUUGUAAUUCCUUUCGCAAUGUUCUACUAUGAAGGCGACCAGGACAAGAGUAUUGGUAAAAGGGUUAAGAGUGCAUUGUGGUGGGUGGUGUCAACGGCUAUAGUGUGUGCUCUCGUUCUGGGUAUUUUGUAUGGGCUUGUUGGUAAGGUGGAUUUUACUGUUAGGCAUCUCUCUUCAUCGACAACUUCAUUUCCUAACUCAUGGGUAUUUAAUAGUGGUCAACAAUGUAUUGGAAAUGGUGUCCAUCAGUGCUCUGCAUACUCUGCUAGUCCUUCUUCAGAGAAAACAUGGACCAUGCGAUCAACCUUUCCAGAAUAUGUUGUUGCUCUAGCUACUAUUGUUGGAUCUGUGCUUUUUUCUAUAUUUGGUGGUGUUGGUAUUGCUUGUCUUCCACUAGGACUUAUAUUUUCAUUUAUUCGGCGUCCAAAGGCUGUUAUCACUCGCUCACAGUAUAUCAAGGAAGCAACUGAACUUGGUAAAAAAGCAAAAGAAUUGAAGAAAGCGGCCGAGUCACUCCAUCAGGAUGAAAGAAGUGGUGCAAAGGGUAGAAAACAUCGUAAAAAUGUAAAAGAAGUAGAAAAGGAGUUGUUUCAAUUAGAAGAAGACGUUAAGCUUCUUGAAGAGAUGUAUCCACAAGGGGAAAAGGCUGAGACAACAUGGGCACUAACAGUUCUUGGUUAUCUGGCAAACCUUGUUUUCGGAAUUCUAGGGCUGAUUGUUUCAGUGGCAUGGAUUGCUCAUAUCAUUAUCUAUCUAUUAAUUAAUCCUCCCCUUUCUCCUUUCCUGAAUGAAGUUUUCAUCAAGCUAGAUGAUAUCUGGGGUCUGCUUGGCACAGCCGCAUUUGCAUUUUUCUGCUUCUACCUUCUCCUUGCUGUGAUUGCUGGUGCCACGAUGCUUGGGUUGAGACUAGUUUUCAUCACCAUCCAUCCCAUGAAGUGGGGAGCAACUCUCAUGAACUCUUUUCUGUUUAAUGUGGGCCUUAUCCUUCUUUGUUCCAUUAGUGUGAUUCAGUUUUGCUCCACGGCGUUUGCAUACUAUGCUCAAGCAACUGCAGCCCAGGAAAUAUUUGGACACACUUUGGAGUCUCUUCGUGGAAUUAAAUAUUUGUACAAGUACAAUAUAUUUCAAAUUGCAUUUGUUAUUUUGGCUGGAUUGACAUUUGUGUAUUAUGCUGCCUUUGGAUGGAGAAGAAAAAAGCCUAGUGGCAGGUUCCAAUUGUCUACAUGAGGUGUGGCUUAGCCCUCAGGAGUAGCCUCUGAAAGUAGCCGUUUUGGAUUCCUUGUCUCUCGUCAUAUCCUUUACAGUGGUUUUUAUCUUUGGAUAUGCUUCGGCCUAGAUUUGUUUCACGUUGAAAGCUAUAGGAUAAGCUUAUCAUCAUCUGAGCAGAAUCAUUUUAUGCAGUUGACUCAGUAGGUGGGUGCUUGAGUUGUAACUUUGGGUCUUUGCUUCUUUUGCUGCCCUUGUAUGUAUAAUUACUUUGUUUGAUUCAUUCUGCUCAAUAUAUGUAAUUAAAUGUACUGUUGUGUGCAUGAAAGAGUACUGGAUUCCCACAAUACUAUGAGGUUAUGCAACCCCUGCCAAAGAGAAAAUUGUAAGGCCAGUUUUUUUAUUUUAUUGGUAAGUUUUAUGCUCA